GAGUGGAUGACGUUUGCGUGGGACUCUGAAAACCAGUCAGAGUGGCACCUCUUACUUUUCCACUGACAAGAAACAACCCCAGUCCUCCAACUUUAAUCUUCAUUUAUCACCUUUGAGCACCAUGUUUGCCGUCAGAAACGCUCUCCGCCUGAGCUCCAGGUUGUCCAUCCCCGCCGUGGCGAGGAGAGGAUGCGCCGGAGCUGCGGUCCCGGUGGACGACGUGGUGAACGGACUCACAGAGGAGCAGAUACAGCUCAGGCAGAUGGUCCGUAAAUUCUGCGUGGAAAAACUUGGACCGUAUGCCGAUGACAUUGACAAGAACAACGAGUUUCCAGGACUGCGGGAUUAUUGGAAAGCAAUGGGAGAGCUGGGACUGCUGGGCAUCACUGCUCCAGUGGAAGACGGAGGCACGGGGUUGGGCUACAUGGAACAUAUCAUUGUGAUGGAGGAAAUGUCACGGGUGUCAGCCGCCAUCGCUCUCAGUUAUGGCGCCCACUCGAAUCUUUGUGUCAACCAGCUGGUGCGUCACGCCAAUCCCAAACAGAAGGAGAAGUACAUGCCAAAGUUAUUGACAGGAGAGCAUGUCGGCGCGCUGGCCAUGAGUGAACCUAAUGCUGGUUCUGAUGUCGUCUCCAUGAGACUCAGAGCUACUAAGAAAGGUGACUACUAUGUUCUAAAUGGCAACAAGUUCUGGAUCACCAACGGGCCGGAUGCUGAUGUCCUGAUCGUUUAUGCGAAGACAGAUCCCGAGUCGCAUCAAAAAGGGAUCACUGCGUUUAUUGUUGAAAAGGGUAUGCCGGGGUUCUCCACAGCUCAGAAACUCGAUAAACUCGGCAUGAGAGGAUCCAACACCUCGGAGCUCAUCUUUGAGGACUGCAAGAUUCCUGAGAAGAACGUGUUGGGUUCUCUGAACAAAGGCGUGUACGUGAUGAUGAGCGGCUUGGAUAUGGAGAGGCUCGUGCUCGCUGCUGGACCUGUAGGCAUCAUGCAGGCAGUUUUGGAUGCUGCUAUUCCUUACCUGCAUGUUAGAGAGGCCUUUGGACAGAAGAUUGGACACUUUCAGCUGAUGCAGGGGAAGAUGGCCGACAUGUACACCAGGCUGAGCUCCUGUCGGCAGUACCUUUACAACGUUGCCCGAGCUUGUGACAAAGGACACUCCAGCUCAAAGGACUGUGCCGGAGUGAUCCUGUAUUCUGCUGAGAAUGCCACUCAGGUUGCUUUAGACGGUAUUCAGUGUUUGGGCGGGAAUGGCUACGUGAAUGACUAUCCGAUGGGGCGAUUCCUUCGAGACGCAAAGCUGUAUGAGAUCGGAGCGGGCACGAGUGAAGUCCGCAGGAUCAUCAUCGGACGAGCCUUCAACUCCAUGUUCAAAUAGAGACGACAGACAAGUUUCAAUCCAUAAAAACGAGGGAUCUGUUGUGAAUGAACAGUUUCCGUCACCCAGGACCUUACGGUUUGAGUUGCCGCUGCCGUUAAGAUGAUUUACUGCCAUUUUAAUCAUUUAUAAUCUGCAAUAAAUCAAGAACUGACAGUGAUGUUACAGCCUGACUGGCAGCAGACAAAGCUAAGAGCAUUGAGAUUUAUUUGUUUGUUUUAGGUUAGCUGUAGUUUUAUUUUCAGUCACUUAAAUGAUAAUUACAAUUAAUGAGCCUGAUCAGUGCUCAGGAUGGUGGAGGUGAAACAUUUCAUUCAGAGCUCCACAUCUGCUUUGAACAGUAGAUUAAAUGAGGCAAAAAGGCCAAUUUAUAAACUGAAGCUGCAGACUGAGCACACAAAGUCUGUGUUGCUUUGGUUCCAUUCAUCACAUGUAAAAUACAAAAAACUCAUUAUUUCAGUCUGAUCGUCCCCUGUGAAUUUAUACGAUUCAACUGUGGUUGUUUCUAAAUUAAAUACCUAUUUCAGACCUCGAUAAACAGUUUUCUUGAUGCCAAUUCAAUCUGAAAUUAUCCAAAAGAAAA